GUUCGUCUAUAUUAUAGACGCUCUUGUAAAUUGACUAGUAAAAAUUCCUUACACUUCAUACUAGAUAUAUAAAUAUUAAGCUGUUUUAGAAUGUAUGAUAAUGAGAAAUCCAUUUCUCUAUAAAAAAAAACUCCACUUCCCUGUGUCUCACUCCUCCAAAUACACUUCAAUUUUUGUCCUUUUUCAUCUUUAAUUUCAUCGUCAUUUUCUAUGCUUUUGUAUAGUGGAAAUUGAUAGAGUUUGAUUUUUUUCAUGACCAAAAAAUCACUGAUUUCACUCAAUUUAUCCACUAAACUUUUGUGCUUUCUUCUCUUGUCGUCUGAAAGACAUUUCUCGCUCUUGUUUCAUCUUUUUUACCAUCUGAGCAAUUUCUCCUUAUCUCUGCUUUGAUCAUCAUUGCAUAAGCAGAUGACGAAGCGAAUAAGAGAGAGUGCCAACACUGGAAACAAACACCCAAUUUACAGAGGAGUUCGCAUGCGUAGUUGGGGAAAAUGGGUGUCAGAAAUACGCGAACCGCGUAAAAAGUCACGCAUUUGGCUUGGCACAUAUCCAACACCAGAAAUGGCCGCUCGAGCACAUGAUGUUGCAGCAUUGAGUAUCAAAAAGGACUCAUCAAUAUUAAAUUUUCCACAUCUUAUCGACUCAUUGCCUCGUCCAAUUUCACUUUCUCCUAGAGAUGUACAAGAUGCUGCGGCUAAAGCAGCUGCAAUGGAGGAACUAAAUUCUGCCUCUUCUUCAAUAUCUUCGUCUUCUGUUAAAUCGAUUGAGAAAAUAACGUCUGCAUCGGAUGAGUUAUGUGAAAUUAUUGAGCUUCCUAGCUUGGAGGGUAGUUUUGACUUGGAUGAAUCGAAAACCGAGUUGAAGUUGAGCGACACAGUUGACGGGUGGCUGUACCCACCGUGGUGGGCAUCAGAUAAAGACUUCGAUGGGUAUUUUCUCGCUGAGACAGAUUUAGAAUUUAAAUUUAAUGAGUUUGGCUUUUAAGAUUUUCAAUGUUGAAUUCCUUGUAAUGUAAAACUUAUGAAUUUAAAUAUAAUACUUGUUGAUACGUUAGUAGAUUUAUACGUAUAUCUAUGAUCUGUAUCAAAAGUAUCAUGCGUUCAAAUAAAUUCAUAGCCGUAUGAUUAUAUC